GGGCUGCUCUCAGGUGGGUAUCCUGCGGGCUCUGAAUGAGGCGGGGAUCCCUGUGGACAUGGUAGGGGGCACCUCCAUCGGUUCCUUAAUGGGAGCGCUGUAUGCUGAGGAGAAGAGCAACAGCCGCAUGAGGGUCCGGGCUCGGGAGUGGGCCAUGGAUAUGAACUCCUUCUUUAAGAAGAUUUGGGAUCUGACAUACCCUGUUACAUCCAUGUUUUCUGGAGCGUCCUUUAACUCCAGCAUCAACUCCGUCUUCAAGGGCAAACAGAUAGAGGACCUGUGGCUGCCCUACUUCAACAUCACCACUGACAUCACAGCGUCCUGCAUGAGGGCGCACACUGACGGUUCUCUGUGGCGAUACGUCCGGGCUAGUAUGUCCCUGUCUGGUUACCUGCCGCCGCUCUGUGACCCCAAAGAUGGACACUUACUCAUGGACGGAGGAUACAUCAACAACCUGCCUG